ACUCUAAAAUACAUAUUAUCUCACUUCUCUGUCGUCCUCUCUUUCACAUCUCUGGACCUGAGUCGUGAGACAACAUCGGUGGGAGCCUCUCAUAGUUUUAGGAUUACAAUUUUGUGUCACCAACUACAGAAAUGCAAGCAGUCAGGUCUCUGUUUAUCCCCAAGUGGUCUUCGGAUGUGCGUCUAGAUGGGAAGACAGCUGUAAUAACGGGGGCCAACGUUGGAAUAGGCAAAGAGACGGCUAAAGACCUGGCCGGCAGAGGUGCACGGGUGAUUUUGGCAUGCAGAGACAUGGCAAAAGGAGAGCAGGCAGCUCGUGAUAUCAUGAGGGAGGUGAAAGGAGCCAAAGUAGUCGCCAGGCAACUGGAUCUGGCUGACACCAAAUCAAUCUGCCAGUUUGCUGAGAAUAUCUACAACAAUGAGAAGGCUCUUCACUAUCUGAUCAACAAUGCAGGUGUGGCUAUGUGCUCUUACGCCACCACAGUGGAUGGAUAUGAGAUGCAGUUUGGAGUCAAUCACUUAGGUCACUUCUUCCUGACCUUUCUGUUACUGGACUUGCUGAAGCACUCGGCCCCAUCCCGGGUCAUCAACUUGUCCUCAACAGCUCACACGAUGGGCAAGAUCCAGUUUGAUGACCUGGUCAGCAAGAAAGGCUACCACCCCGUCAGGGCCUACGCACAAAGCAAGCUGGCCAACAUCCUGUUUACCAGAGAGCUGGCCAAACGGACUGAGGCUCUAGGUGUGAUGGCUUACUCUGUGGACCCCGGCUUUGUGAACACUGAAAUAACAAGGCACAUGGGAAGCCCUUUUGUGAGCAUAACCAAGGGGCUCAGUUUCAUGCUCAAGACGCCUGCAGAGGGAGCCUACACCAGCAUCUACUGCGCCGUCACUCCUGAGAACCAGCUGCUCACUGGAGGAUACUACAAGGACUGUGCCGGUGCAGAGACCGCCAGGGCGGGUCAGGACGAUGGCACCGCCUUAAAGCUGUGGGCUGUGAGCUGCCACCUGCUCGGCAUCCGCUGGAGAUAAACUUACAUUUAAAUAUGCUCUCCUAUAUGCUGUGAAGCACUAUGCAUGAGCACAUACAGUGAUACACUUAAAUAUUAUGCAGAUGUAUGGAAACAGGAUACUAAUACGAGCCUAAUGAUUGUAAUAGAGUUUGAUUGGUAAAAAGGUAAUUAAGGCUGGGAAUGCUAAUAGGUUGGAGAAAGCAAUGUUGAUAAGCUGUUGGCUGCUAAUAAAAAAUAUCACUGCUAUUCAAAAGUGCCAAUUGUUA